GUCUCUAUAUUUGUCUAACAGCUCUAUUGAUAGGUCUCUAUAUUUGUCUAACAGCUCUAUUGAUAGGUCUCUAUAUUUGUCGAACAGCUCUAUUGAUAGGUCUCUAUAUUUGUCUAACAGCUCUAUUGAUAGGUCUCUAUAUUUGUCUAACAGCUCUAUUGAUAGGUCUCUAUAUUUGUCUAACAGCUCUAUUGAUAGGUCUCUAUAUUUGUCUAACAGCUCUAUUGAUAGGUCUCUAUAUUUGUCUAACAGCUCUAUUGAUAGGUCUCUAUAUUUGUCUAACAGCUCUAUUGAUAGGUCUCUAUAUUUGUCUAACAGCUCUAUUGAUAGGUCUCUAUAUUUGUCUAACAGCUCUAUUGAUAGGUCUCUAUAUUUGUCUAACAGCUCUAUUGAUAGGUCUCUAUAUUUGUCUAACAGCUCUAGUGCAAUAA